UGCUGGUGUUACAGACGUGGGGUCAGACACUGCGACAGCAGAGCAGGUGACAGCCAGCCCAGCUCCCAGCACGGCCAGCACUAACCCAGUGGCUUCUGCCUCAGAAACCACUGCACCCAGCCGUUCAUCCACACCAGACAGCAGCACGGGGACACCAGCACCUCAGCACUCCUCCACAGCCCAGGGACAGUCCCCAGAGGAGGUGACGGUCACUUCACCUCCCACGGGGAGCCCCUCGCCCUCCACAGCCACAGCCUCUGCAGGCAGCAGUGCCACGACUCCUCCUGGAGAAGGGCAGAGUUCCACCAUGUACCAGGGGGACACAACAACUGAGCCCACUGCCAAUACCUCCCAUUCCCUCCCUUCCACAUCCUUGGCAACCCCAUCCACGACCAACCUCAGUAUAUCAACAUCUGUUCAUCCUUCUUUUACUAAGACUUGCUCUCCCAUCACUUUGUCCAUCCAGCUGCAGAAGGUGACCAGCAGAACGAUCCAGUUCAGCUGGAAGCCUCAAGGUGGCACAGCAGACAGUCCUUACAGAGUGCGGCUGCUGGGAAAACCGGGAGGGGUGGAGGAGAGGAUCCUAAAUGAAACGAGCACUGCGUUUGAAAAUCUGCUUUCUGCUCAUCAGUAUCAAAUAUCCGUGGGUGUUUCAGCUUGCUCUAAGAAUGUCAAUGCCUCCCUGACGGUUCAGACAGCUGCUGAAGUCUACAAUGGAACCACUAGGAUUAUCAGUGAAAAUUUCAAGGCUGGAUAUGAGAACAAAUCCAGUACAGAAUUUAAGGAGUUUGAAAAGAAGUUCAUUAUGGAGACAACCCAACAUCUGCCACAGAAGAUACAAGAAUUAAAAAAUGGAACAAAAAUACGUAUUGUAAUUAAUAGCAUCAAGAAUGGCAGUGUGAUUGUGAUCUUUAAGAUCGUGUUGGAUGUUGGACAAAAUAUAACAAAAUCAGAGAUUUCAGAUGCUUUUACAGAGGCCCUUAACAGGAGCACAGUAUUUAAAGUUGAUCUUAAAAAGACUUUCAUAGAAGCAAGAAACAGCUGUCAGCCAGGUUUAAAUGACUGUGACAAAAAUGCUGCCUGCACUGCUGAAGGAGCAACUUAUUCCUGCCAGUGCAAGAAAGGAUUCACUGACACAAGUCCUAAAGUUCCAGGGAGAGUUUGUCUCCAGGAUCUACCUUCAGAACACACAACUCCAGUCCCUCCAAAAACCAAUACAACUGGAUUUACAGGAACUACAUCUAAUUCCGUUUUCACUACCACAUUUGCGUCAGCACCUUGCAUGACAGUGUCCAUCAAAGUUCAGAAUGUGACUGAAGAAGAAAUACAGCUCAGCUGGAGCAGCAGCAGCAGCAAAGGCAGCCUCUACAACAUCUCUGUCAAGGAUGGAAAGGAGAUUCAUGCAACAACUACAAACGAGACAAAAGCUGUGUUUAAAAACCUGCUUCCUGGCCAUGUGUACACCAUUUCUGUGGGCCUGUCAUCCUGUGCUGACAACAAUCCUGCUUCAGUCACUGUCCGAACAGAUUCUGGUUCCUGUUUCAGAAGACCUGAGUUUUGUUUAGCACAAAGUACUGGCUGUUCUGACUUAAAAGAUAUUGUGUGCUCAAAUAACCAAGCGUUUGCCUGCAGGGUUAGGUUAAAAAACGAGACAUUUAAUAAUACACUUUAUAACUCUGAUAGUGAUGACUACAUAAAAAGGUCUGAAAGUUUCAAAGCAAAGGUUGUUAAAGCAAUGCACGCUGAACUGGGGAAUGACCACUCUGACAUUUUUGUGCUGGACUUCAGACCUGGCAGUGUGAUUGCUGAUUUUCUCUUUCUGCUGCCAAAAGAAGAAGCCACAGAUGUGGGUGAUAUACAGACCCGCCUCAGUAAUGUGUUAAGGAGGGAGUUUGGGAGCCAAAUUGAAGUGCAAACUCUGGCUGUUCAGUCAUCAACUGACAACAGCUCCUCCUGGAGAGUAGCAGUGAUUGUCCUUGGAGUUUUACUUGGAGUGGCAUUAGUGCUGAUUCUGCUGGCAAUACUGUUUUACAUCUGUGUGAGGAGAAGAUCAGGUAAAUACUUGGUUGAACCCUCAGGACUCAUCGGAAUGUGUGUCUACAAGCACUUAUAAGAUAAACCAUCUGUUUCGCUUAAAUAUUUUGGCCAAGGCAGAAAAUUAAUAUAUUUAUCUUAUAUUUCAAUGUUAAUUGUGCAUAAUAAUUUAGGAUAAUGCCACCCUUUCCUUCCCAAUGUCCAUUGCAAAACUCCUGAGCUUCUAACAACACCUAAUGAAUCUUCCUUUAAACAGGUAUGGAAUUUUCCCCAUUGUACACGUGAUAGAGUGAGGAACAAAGAAACUUCUCUUCAGCCUAUCCCCUGUAGGUACUGCAAUGACUCUUAACACUGGCAAUCUAGAGAGACAAGACCCAAACCACUCAAUACUGUAUUUAGGUGACACUGAAAACAGGGUGCCUGAGCCUGGUAGCUGUGGCAGGUCACCUGAAUGCUCAGCUGAGCCCAGAGUCAUCCUGUUGAGUUUUGUGCACUUGCCCAAGGGUGAUUCACCUCCCCUGAGACUUUUAUCAUUGUAUAAAAUUAUAUACAUAUAUAUAUAUGCCUUUUUCUCUCCUGUGACUGCAGAAUGAGCCCAGGGUAAUUAGCGUUCCAGCAUAUGCAGCUUGAUUAGGAGUUUGGAGCAAAAUGGGAUACAUCUCAGUUAUGUGCAGUUGCUGUAGAAAUCUGGUGGACCAGAAACUUGAUUUGGAGUCUUCUGAGUUCAAGGUUUCUUUAAUUGCUGGGCUAUGAAGAAAUAACUGCUUAUAUGUAUGUCAAAUGUACAGCAUGCUAAACACAGCUGUGCUUUCACAGCGUAGUCUCAGAGGUGGGGAAGGCAAACAUUAGGUUAAUUUGAGCCAAAAGUAUUUUACUCACCUAUUUUUGCCUGUCAAAAAUGGUUGGCUGAGCAAGGAUGCCAUAUAGUGCAAUUUUGUCCUGCUCUUGAUAAUCCCAAAGUAGAGUCCAGUCCAACAGAAGCAGCUCCUGUGGCAUUGGAGCAGACCUUGCUUCAGAUUUCUUCUAUUUGCUUUAGAGCAAUUAGAAGAAAUGACUUUUACCAUUACCCACCACUCUUCACUGCAGUCCUGGUGAAGUUCUGUUUCUGCUGUGGUGCAGUUUUUCCUGCUUGGAAUGUGCUGAGCAGAUGACAGAGGGGCAGUUUACUGCUGCACACAUUUCCAGCAGGAUUUAUGAGUUUUACUUCAAACCAGCUCUCCCUGUAUCUGUAUAUUUUGCCAGUCUGCCUACAUUUGGAAUUCCUGUUGAGGCACUGAGUAUUAACCCAUGAUGUUGAGGCCCUGGCUCACAGCCCCUGAACACCCCUGGUUUUUGGGGAUUAGGUUAUUUGGCACAGAUCAGAGUACAUUGGUGCCAGAACUGCAGCACAAGCAGAGUGGAGGUGCACAAGCAGCUCUGCUCUGCUCCCUGUGCAGCCACAUUCAUUCUUCUCAUCCCUCCAUCCCUGUGCUGUAACACAGCUCCUGGGACAGCCCUGCUGAGGACCCUGUCUGGAAUAUUAUUUUUAGUAGCAGGGACCUAUGAAACAGGGUCUUGCAUGCCUUGCUCUCCCUUUCCUUCCAUGUAGGGUCAACUUGUCUGUCCUGAUUAAGAUUUGGGGUGUGGAGUCACAGACACCUCACUGAUGGGGAGAGAGUGAUUAGUAUUUGUUAAACUUAUAUUUUGUGGCUUUUAAAUAUAGCUACUGGUGUUCUGCUCACUGAGCAGUCACUCAACAAUGUAUUCUGUCAGUAAAUAAAAGUUCUCCAGGGAGCUCUGUUGAAAAUACAAGUGAAUGUUCUCAGUUAUGUUAAUACUCUUUUAUUUCUGUUUUGAGGGAUCUACUUUGAAUAGCAAAUCCUCAUUGUCAGUAAACCUUUCUGAUGUCCUUGUAAAUAGUGGUAAAUAGUGUUAAUGUACAGCAGGCUUGAACAAUCCUGGGACUGUUCAUG